AUGCUGGCUAACAGGAAGCUCCUCACCGGUGCCACCAUUGGGGUGCUGGUGGCACUCCCCAUGAUCGCCCUGGUGCUCAUCCUGGUGAAGGUUGAAGAUGUCACAUUGUCACCCACGGUCAAGUAUGGGAUGGUGUUUGACGCAGGCUCAUCCCACACCUCUCUGUUUGUCUACCAGUGGGAUUCAGACAAGGAGAAUGACACUGGUGUGGUCAGCCAGACCUUGUCCUGUGAUGUCCAGGGUCAAGGCAUAUCAAGCUAUGCCAAUGAUCCCCAAAAAGCUGGUGAUUCCCUAAGGGAGUGCCUGGAUAAAGCCCUGAAGCUUGUUCCUGCUGCAAAACAGAGGGAUGUCCCAGCUUAUCUCGGAGCAACAGCUGGCAUGAGGCUACUGAGGGAACAGAACAGCUCAGCGGCAGAUCAAGUCCUGGCUGAAGUGGCUAAAACCAUGCAAGAGUACCCUGUGGCCUUCAAAGGGGCUCGAAUCCUCACAGGGGAGGAGGAGGGAGCUUAUGGCUGGAUCACCACCAACUACCUGCUGGACUCCUUCACCAAGUACUCCCCCAAAACACACACGUGGCUUCGUCCAGAGGCAGCCAACAUCUUUGGGGCACUGGAUCUUGGAGGAGCAUCCACCCAAAUCAGCUUCAUGCCUGAAGGUUCAGUGAUGAGGCAGAAUGAAGCCUCCAAGUUCACACUGUAUGGGUACAACUACAAUAUCUACACACACAGCUACCUCUGCUAUGGGCAGAAUGAGAUGCUGAAGCGACUGGCGAAGGAAUUAAUUGCGGAGUCGUUCCCAAGCACCCGAGUGCACCACCCGUGCUACCCAAAAGGCUACAGUGAAACCAUCUCGCUGUCCUCCUUCCGCACCAGCCCCUGCACGAACCGCAGCGACCCGCGGCUGCCCCUCGGGGACACCACUGUCACCCUGGAGGGCAAGGGCAGUGCCAGCGAGUGCCUGGCAGCCAUCAGGAAGCUCUUCAACUUCUCAGCCUGUGGCCAGAGGCAGGACUGCACCUUCGACGGCGUCGACCAGCCCCCGGUCCGAGGGCAGUUCAUUGCCUUCUCUGCCUUUUAUUAUAACUUCAAGUUCCUCAACCUGACGAAGAGGCAGCCACUGGCUGAGGUCAAGGAGGUCAUCGAGCAGCUCUGCACAAGGACCUGGGAAGAUCUGUCUUCCAGCUACCCUAAGGAGAAUCCCAAGCGAUUGCCUAGAUACUGUGCCAACACCAACUACAUCCUCACACUCCUCCUCGACGCCUACAAGUUCAGUGAGACCAACUGGAACAACAUCUUCUUCCAGAUGAAGGCAGGGAGUGCUGACAUUGGCUGGACACUGGGGUACAUGCUGAACCUCACCAACAUGAUCCCAGCAGAGGCUCCAGCCAGGGUGAAGGGGCACAUGCCUUCUCUGUGGACUGCAGCCAUCACCUUCCUCGUCCUCACCCUUGCCUUGGGGCUUGUUGCCCUGCUCCUGCUCCUGUGGCUGUAG